AGCGUGGCGCAGUGCGGGGAGAGUGCGCUGCGGGGAGCUGUGAGACAGCUGGAGGCAGUUGACAGUAAUGUUCGAAAGUAUACGUGAGACGUUUCCGCGUGUGUGCCAUAACUUUUUUUCGCGGUGUUUACAGACACUGCCGAGUACAUUGUGAUUCCGGAGAUAUGACGUAGCAAAUUGGUUUGUGGUGUAGGUGUAUUUUAUAGUUGCCGUUUUAUUGGUAGUGUCGCAAGAGGACAGGUGGACAGGUCGUCGCGGAUGGCGGGCGCGGAGGCAGCGAGCGCGCGUGCCGCGGGCGCGCGGGCGGUGUUGCUGCGGCGCGUGCCCAUCGCGGGCUGGCUGCCGCGCUACUCGGCCGAGGCCCUCGUUAGCGACCUCAUCGCCGGCGUCACCGUCGGCCUCACCGUCAUGCCGCAGAGCCUCGCCUACGCCACGCUGGCGGGCCUCGAGCCCCAGUACGGCCUCUACUCGGCCUUCGUCGGCUGCUUCGUGUACGCGCUCUUCGGCAGCGUCAAGGACGUCACCAUCGGCCCCACGGCGCUCAUGGCGCUCAUGGUGUACCAGCAGGUGCACGCGCGCAACGCCGACUUUGCCGUGCUGCUCUGCUUCCUCUCCGGAUGCGUGCAGCUGCUCAUGGCCGCCUUGAACCUCGGAGUUCUGGUAGACUUCAUUUCAGUCCCUGUAACUGUUGGUUUCACCUCUGCCAUGGCUUUCAUAAUUUCUUGCUCCCAAUUGAAGGGUCUGUUGGGACUAAAAUUUUCUUCAUCAGGAUUUAUUGAUACAGCAACCAAAGUUGUGCAGCAUUUGCCUGAAACUCGGCCAUGGGAUGCUACCCUUGGUUUUCUUUGCAUCUUUAUCCUUUUAUUUUUAAGGAAAAUAAAGGAUGUGAAACGACAUGCUCCUGAUGUAAAGCCAACUCCACGCCAGAGAAUAGGCAUGAAAAUUCUCUGGUUGCUCUCAACUGCACGAAAUGCAUUAGUAGUGAUUGUAUGUUCUAUACUAGCAUUUCUGUUGUCACCUCCUGCAGAUGGUUCUGAUCAAGAUGCCUCACCUUUUGUGUUGACUGGGACUGUUCGUUCUGGAUUGCCUCCUUUUGGUCUGCCCCCAUUUUCUACUACUAUUGGAAAUCAGACAUAUUCUUUUGGAGAAAUGUGUUCCGGGCUGGGCUCUUCCAUUGUUCUGGUGCCCAUCCUUGCUGUUCUGGGAAAUGUGGCUAUAGCAAAAGCUUUUGCUAGUGGUGAUUCCGUUGAUGCUACACAGGAGCUUAUGACUCUUGGUCUGUGCAAUCUUUUGGGUUCCUUCGCAUCAUCCUUUCCUGUUAGUGGUUCAUUUUCUCGAAGUGCUGUAAACCAUGCCAGUGGAGUUAAAACACCAAUGGGUGGAGUUUUCACAGGACUUCUUAUUAUUUUAGCCCUUGCUGUGUUGACACCAUAUUUUUAUUACAUUCCUAAAGCUUCUUUAGCUGCUGUAAUUAUUUGUGCUGUCAUAUUUAUGAUUGAAUAUGAAGUUGUGAAGCCAAUGUGGAAAUCAAGUCGCAAAGAUCUUGUCCCUGCCUUUGUUACAUUUAUGAUGUGCCUUAUUUUGGGUGUGGAAUAUGGAAUUGUAAUUGGAGUAGGAGUAAACUUAAUAUUUUUGUUGUAUCCCUCUGCUCGGCCAAUGACUCAUUCUGGAUCAGAAUAUUUACUAGUGACACCAUCAAAUAGUCUUUAUUUUCCUGCUGUUGACUUCAUUCGCUCAAGUGUUGGUCGUGCUGGAAUAACCCAAGGCUCAAGUCAAAUGCCAGUUAUUGUUGACUGCCGUUUUGUAUUAGGAGCAGAUUUUACUGCUGCAAAGGGUAUUGCUGCUCUGAUAGAUGACUUUAGUAAGCGUAAGCAGCCAAUUUAUUUUUAUAAUCCUCAUCCAAAUGUAUUAGCAGUAUUUAAGGGAGCAAAUCUUGAAGAAUUUGUUGAAAUUUGUAAUCCUGAAGAAUUGGAACAAAUGCUUCAAGCACCAAGAGGCGACAAUGAUGUGACAAGUGACACAGGAGAUGUAAGAAUGAGGAAUUUUGAUUUACGAGAGGUAACUACCUCUUCUAAUUCAGCUGCUUGUCUUCCUGUACCUGAUUUGAACAGCCCAACUGAAAGUAUUCCUGCACAAGUGGAUCUGAGCAGUACACCACUGUUAACGAAUUCACGAUACAAUGAAAGUUCUGUGGAACCUAGUGAAAGGUCAUAGCAACUUAAAACAUACUGAAGUCUUAUUGGACUUAAUGUUAAUCAUACUUCUUCUUCUUCUUCUUUUUUUUUAAGAUUAGAAGUUGGAAUUUUAGCAAUAUACAUUAAUUAUACAUUCGACAGUGCUGCCAACAUGACAUAAUUGUGACUGCUGUAUUUUUUAUUCCUUGCAUGUGUUCAUGUGUUACCACGCAUCUGGUGAAUUUUGCCUGUGGAUUGAUAACGCACCUUAAACCAGAAAUUCAUCUUUUCCAAAGUAUAUGUGAAUUUUUAUUAAGGACAAAUAGCCAUCAUUAGUCAUCAUUAAUACAAAUAGCCAUCAUUGAUCAUCUUCUUAAUGUACUUAUGUAUGUAUGAAUGUGACAUUGCACAAAAAAUGUGAACUAUGAAUCUAAUUAUUGAAUGUGUUUCUUUGUUAUGUUAGUUAUGAAUGGGUGGUUUUAUUAUACAUAUUUAUAAUACUUGCAAGGAACAUAGCAAUCACCCGUACAUGCUGCCAGGUUUAGAAGUAUUAUUUUAUUAAAGAAGAUAUUUUAAUACAAACUAUUGAUUGAACUUUGUACUCAUUUCUAUUUGAAAUUUCAGAUAAAGAAUUGCUAUCUGAGAGAGAACUUGUUAGAACUACAGACACCUUUCUUUGAAUUUUGAAUUUCUGUAUGUGUAGAUAGUUUUCAUUUCUAUUCAUAGGCAACAUGGAUGCAUUUCUUAAACCUUUUAGAUGUGGCGUUUUUUUUCCUUUUGUAGUCUUGGUGGUAUAGACAUUUUUAAAUAGAUUAAUAUUUUUGACCCCAAUUUCUAAUGGACUGACUUCAUUGUGUGUUAGCGAGGGCCGGAGUGAGGUAAUCAUGUUUAGGAAGACAAUGGCACCUGAAGGGCAGUGGGCCACAGAGAAGCACAGUGUAUGUAUGAGCUAAAAUAUGUUUGAGAGAUGAAUCAUGGAACAAAGACUACAAUUAUUUGAAAUACUUCUAAAUUCAAUUAAGAUAAUAUAUAUUGAACAAAUUUGUGGAAGUCUUGUGUAAAUACAAUGCGAACUCACAAAUUCCAUAUCAAACUAAAGAAAAAAUUAUUUAUAUCAAUUAGGUAUUCAUCAUGUUUUUUUCAAACUCUACUAUUCUUUUACUCAUUAUUUAAAAUUCAGUAUUUCGAAACAAAAUUGGGCAGCCAAUAAAAGAAGUGUAAUUUGCUAACACAUCUGAAAAUUUAACGUUUCUCUUUCUUUUCUUUUUUCUCUGUGGGGAAAAAGCUGAUCAUGAACGUACAAACAUUACUUCCCAAACUUUUAAAAAGUUAAUUGCAAUGUCUUAUUCUGCCUCCCCUCUUAUUAUACUUAUUUUUAGUUCUUUUCCUUCUUCCUAUGUGUUAGGGUACCAUCACCAGGUGGAUGUAAGUGAUCCUCAUCCUCUUCUUUUACUUCCGAAGCUCAGCACACUGUAAUUGCACAAAAUUUCACUGUCACUUGCAUAGCACCUAAACAUCUCCUCUAUCAACACUUCCCUUCCAGUUUAUGAAGGGACUCCAAUGUAAUAAUUUCUGUGGAAUUGCUUAUCAAGCGGAGAAAGCAGUCAGAGGACUGGAGGUCAGGUGAGAAGAUUUCCUAAUCGUACCGCUGGGCUAAAAUACUGCGGGAAUUAUGUUUUACAUACAGAACAGAAAGGUUAAGGCAAUAAGUAAUGAGUGCAACUGAGAAACAAUUAAAAAGUAUCUUUGAAGUAUUUGUAACAAAAAGUCAAAACGUGUUCUUAAUUGGAAUGAUUUUCAACAUUUUGAAAAUUGGUUUUCUCAAGAAUAGUAUACGUUCCACUAAAAGCUUUGAAAUUAAAAGUAAAUACUAAACAUCCAUUAAACUAAUACCGAAUCUCAUCUGGAAAAAUGUAAUUUUGAAGUAAAAAUAUAUUUUAAUUGUAGAAUCGUAUUGUUCUAAUUUGCUGUUAAAAGAGAUGUGUUGAUUACUGUUCAUGGUAUUAAAAUUUUUGUUUUGGAAUAUUUGAAUGCAAAAUAACAUUGAUACUAUUUAAGCAAAAUCUUAAUAUUUAUGGUAAAGAUGAUUUAAUUAUACUGUUGAUAUAGAUGAUUGGUAUUCCAAAAGCAAAUGUGCUGAGAGAUGUGAGCAAUUUCAUAUUGCCAAUUGGAAUUUUUUUAAAUGUUUAAUUGUAGUAUUUCUUUAUUAAUGUUUUUUUAAGUAUUAUGUGUAAAAUAAGGUACACUGUUGGUUGUAUUAUGUAUUUUAUAUAAAUUGUUUUGAUUUGUCUCUCUUAUGAAAAUCAUAUGUCAAUACCUUACAUGAAUGAAUCAUGCCUUAAUAUUCAUUGUAUUUAAUUUAUAUUAUUCAUUUUUGAUUUUAUAUUUGUUUUUCAUGCUGUUCAUAUCUCACAUGCUUUUUGAAAUACAUACCAUUUUAAACUUAUACAAGA